AUGGUUCUCAUCGCCUCAACAGGAAAACCCCGAGUCAUCCUCGGGUUAAUGACCUACGGUCCAGACCCUACCACCGGUGCACGCAUCACCAGUCUCGACGAAUACAACAAACACCUCGACUACUUCCAAUCCCAGGGCUAUCACGAAGUCGACACCGCGCGUGUCUAUGUCGGCGGUAAACAGGAAGCAUUCACCCGUGAAGCCCGCUGGAAAGAGCGCGGACUCAAGAUUGCUACCAAGGUGUACCCGACAGAACCAGGAUUGCACAAACCCGAGACAUUGCGUCGAUUAUUUGAGACUUCGUUGAAGGAGCUGGGCACGGACCAGGUUGAUAUUUUCUACUUGCAUGCGCCUGAUCGAUCGGUGCCGUUUGCGCAGACGUUGGAGGAAGUUGAUAAGUUGCAUAGGGAAGGGAAGUUUGUGGAGUUGGGGUUGAGUAAUUAUACGGCUUUUGAGGUUGCGGAGAUUGUGACUACGUGCACUGAGCGAGGAUGGGUUCGACCGACCAUCUACCAGGGCAUGUACAAUGCCAUUACACGGUCAAUCGAGACUGAACUCAUCCACGCCCUCCGCAGAUACGGCAUAAGCCUCGUAAUCUAUAACCCUCUUGCGGGCGGCCUAUUCUCCGGCAAAAUCAAGAGCAAAGACAUCAAACCCGAAGAAGGCCGAUUCAGCGACGUCGCCAUCUCCGGCCCUCGAUAUCGCGAGCGUUACUUCAAGGACGAGACCUUCAAAGCCCUCCAAAUCAUCGAAAACACAGCCUCCAAAAACAAUCUGACACCACUCGAGAUUGCAUUCCGCUGGCUUCGACAUCACUCGGUUCUAAAAUGGAGUGAUAAAGGCGGGGAUGAUGGUGUGAUUCUUGGUGUAAGCGGGUUUGAGCAGUUGAAGAAUAAUCUUGCCGAUCUGGAGAAGGGACCUUUGCCGCAGGAGGUUGUGGAUGCUUUGGAUGAGGCGUGGUUGGUUUCUAAGCCUACUACGGCGCCUUAUUGGCAUAAUGAGCUCAAGUAUACUUAUGAUACGCAAGCGGCUCUUUUUAAGAAGUGA